GCUUGAGAAAAAUGGGACAGGAGAAAGUUGUGAGUGUUUGCUGCUCGCGAUCAUGUAAGAGGUGAAGGGGCGAAAAAAGGAACAGUGGACGCACUCGAGAGGUUUAAUUUACUUUACAGCACAUCUCCGUUUAACAACAGCGAAGAAGAGAAGAGACAGAGAAGGAGGAGGGAAAAGAUAAGUGUCAAUCUGUUGAGACUUGUUUGGGAAUUCAAGGAAGGAGGGGAGGUGGGGAGGAACUGGGAGAGCGGCAGCGAGAGGGAAAAGCCAGGAGAGUUUAGGCGUAAACAUUCAUUUUUAAAAACAAGUUAAAGAAUUAAGAGAAAGAGAAAAGCUUCUGUUCAGAUUUACUUUAAAAACAAGCAUGUUCGGCAUGUCGUCCCGACAGUGGGAAUGUACGGAAUGAAUUCCCGUGUGUUGUGCAAUCUCAUGCAUUUGUGCUGAGCUGGACUGGAGGGGAGAGACUGGAUCUUCCCAGGAUAUCACAUUCAGGUUUGCCAAACUAUGGUUCAAUGGGGAUCAAAAGCUUUACCCUCGUUGACACUAUCUAACAUGAACAUGCCUGACCAUAAACUUCAGCCGGUUGGAAGGAUCCACCGGGAUCCAAGUCCCAGACCAACGAUGACUACCCCGUGUGUGACUCCCCAGCUGGCACAAGAGCGAGUCAGCAACAGAGAGGGAGACUGGGGAAGGGAAAGAGACAAAGCAAGAUCCAACGAUGUGACUCCACAUGAGAGAUACUAUCACCCCGACAGAGCUACUGCACCCAGGUGGAGAGAAGGAGAAAGGGAGUGGAUGCAGAGUGAAAGGAGACCAGGAGGAGACAAAAGCAGACAAGUCAGGGCUCUGAUCAAUGUGAAAAUGUACAUUGAGAAAGAGAUGGAAAGAGGGUUGAAGAAAGGUGAAACAUUUCCUAGAAUGACAAACAGCUACGGCGAUCAUGGCAGAAGGAAGAUGUCUGAUGCUACAAAUGAUGACGAUAGACUGGAAAAAAGGAAGAGAGAUAGGCAGAGACAAACAGGGCCUGGUGACUGGGAGAGAGAAAGAGACAGGGAAUGGUUGAUAGAAAGACGCAGAGAAGGGCCAAAACACGAGAUCCGCAUAAAAGCAGCAGAAGAAGGAAUCAAGACUCGAAGGAGACCAGUGGAAGAUGACAGAAUGCAACACAGGGAAAGAUAUAAUGAGCCUGAGUCUAGUAUUCAUGACAGGAGGAGAGAAGUGGAUCAUUCAAGAGACAGGAGAGAAAAAUAUGCAGCUAGAAACAGAGACAUGGGAGGGAAGGGGGGCAUGACUUAUUCCCCACACAGACAAAGAGCUGUAGAGAUUGACACAGAUAGGAGCGAGAGGGAAAAAGCACAGAAGUCGGGGCAAAGUAGAGGCACGAGAAGCGAGGGAGACAGUGUUGAAAGAGAGCUGAGGAGGGAAAGAGCGAGGGACCGUGAGAAGGAAAACAGCAAAAGUGACGGGGGAAACAACGGCAAAAGAGUGUGGGAGGGAGAUGGAGAUAGAUACAAGGAAGACAAUGGACAGAGAUACACAGACAGGGACAGAGAACGAGAGGUGGAUAGAUCCAGGAAAAGGGAAGUGAAGAAGGAGAGGGAGAGAUACCAAGAUGUUGAUAGAAGAGAAGAAGUGAGAAAACGGAGAGAGGACAGGGAAAGGAGAGCAGACUUGAACAACGACAGAGCACUGUUAAAAGACAGGGAAGAUCAUGACAGAUACAAAGAUUACAGACAGAGAAAAAUUAAAAAGGAAAGAGAGGCUGAUCUGACUUGGGCUGAAACAACAGGGUUCCAACCCGUGAACACGAGAGCUCCCAGGGUGCCGCCACGAUCUGUGAGCAGCGGAGAGUGGAGCAGUGACAUGGAUGACAUGACGCACAGACGAGACAGGGGUGGCUACGACGAGAGGGAACCUAAUGAGAAUAAAAGAGAUGCUGAACAAAAACCAAAAAGGAGCGAGAGGCAUGAGAGCGAUACAGGAGAUGUGGCGGGCAGAGUGCCAGAUCACAGAAGGAUGUGGUUAGACCCACAGAGGGACAAGAACAGUAAAGAAGAAGUGUGUGAUAGAGAGAGAUACAAGUUGAGGAAAGAAAGAAGAAGAGAGGAGGAAAGUAUGGCGUCACGAACAAAGUGGGUAGGAGAGGGCAGGCAGGGUAAACAAGACCCAGAUGAACACUUGGACCAAUGCAGAAAUAGGGAAAGAGAAAAAGGGAGAGCUGAGUACACAGGAGAAACUGAGAGGGAGUCAGAGGGAGUAAGUGUGGACGGGGACGACGUGGGCGAGGUCUCAAGAGACUCAGACGAUGAAAAGGAGGGACAUCUGUCUGACGGCAAUGGAUGGUCCGUGGACAGACGGACCGCGCAGACAGACGAGCACCCGCCAGAUACCACAGAGGAGGGUGACGGGGAGGAAGGGGGCGUGAGCGACCGUUUCGCCAAAGCAGGAUGUGAAACACCGUGGAAGCCGCAGAACGAUCGGACACUGUCAGCAGAGGCCUAUGUGACUCUGUCCAGUGACGGAGGCGACGAGGAGGAGAGAGAGGAAGAUGAGGACGAGGAGUUCGAGGACUGUCGGGAAUAUUCACAUAACGGCACCUCACCUGUUGACGUCGAGAUAGGCGAGAGACGUGAACUGACAAUGGGGAAGGACGAGUGGGUCGAUGAGGAACAGCAGGGAGCGGAAAAGCAGCCCAAGUACGUGUUCUGUGUGAUUGGACAAACUCUGCCUCAGUCAGGACCUGGAGAUACGUCACCCUCAGAAGUGGAUCAGGUGGGACAUGUAGAAACACACAACCCAGAGCUAGAGGAGUAUAAUCACUGCAGUGAUGACGCCACACGUCAGCCUCGGGGUGACCCUUAUCUUACAGUGAGCAGGAAUAAUGAUGACUUGAUCACGAGCGAGCAGAACAGAAAGGACGAGGCGGAGCAAAGUGCGUCGAAGGAGGUGAAGACAGCGACAGGAGAAGCUGCUGGAGCUGAAAUCACAUACGCGAGCCCUGCGCUGCUUCGAGACACUGAAGAGACUGUGGAGGAUACGAGGGGCAAAGCGGAGUACCCGUGUCCCCAAAUCACAGAGAGCAACAGAGACUCACAAACUGAAAGACUCCUGGUGCAGUGGAGGGGGAAACACAAAGAGCCAGCGGGGGAACAACGGAGGCAGCCUUCUCCGGUGCCCAGGAACCCCUACGCCGACGUGCCUUCCGAGGUCAACCUUGAACAAGUGUUGGAUGGGAUAAAUGCUGGAGUCCUGCGGAGCGCAGAGGCGGAAGCGGUCGAUCGGAGCCAAAUCGUCAAGGGAUGGACCCUGUGCGAGGAGCCUAAAAGGCAUUCCCAAGCUCCCCACCUCAAAUGGGCCAAGAAUGUGGUGCGCGACAUCUUGGGGAACUCAGAGGAAGAAACUGUGGACGAGCCCAACGCUGAGAAUCAAGAGUCUAUGAUCAGGAGCGGGAUGCACGGCGAGGAGCUGGUCCCCGGGGCGAAGGAGGGCCCUUUUAUUAUGCUGACGGCCAACGAGCAGAACUCUGAGCCAGAACUGCAGGACGAAGACUCGUUGGAGGACUUGAGAGGUAUGCAGCAGCGGCAGGGUGGUACACGUAGCCAGCAGUUCAGAGCUUUCUAUGACGACACACUCGCACACACUCAUGCUGACACACCGAACACAGAAGGGAAGGAGGAUGACAGUGUGGACAAAGAGACUAGGCCCUCCGGUCACAUAGACAUAGAAUUUAAAAUUACUUGUGAGGCGGGAAAUGAGGUUCUGUUAGCAGAAAUGGACUCCGGAGGAAUCAGACAGAAGGAGGCAGAGAUGUAUUUAUCUCCCGGCAGCACGCUGUACAAGCCCAACAGCUGCCCCAUUCUUAAUUGUGAAUCUACUUCGGACACACCUGUCCUGUCCAGACAGGGCACGGACCAGGAAGUGGGAGACAGGGCUAGUGAAAGUGAGCAGGAAAUUCUAGGAGAGGAGCCUGAGGGAUGGGGUUCCACAGCAGAGGUGGGAAUAGCGGGAGCGGGAGGACCCGCGGAGCGCGUCAGCAGCGAGGGAGAGGCGGCGGCAGAGAGGGAGACAGAAGUAGGGACUCUGAGCAGAACCGGCAGCCUCGGGGAGUCGGGGGACAAGACUGAAAUGCUAAGAUGGGGGAUCCGUGCUGAAAGAAGACAUGGCAAACCUGCUGAAGAGGAAGAGGAGGAAGGUGUCGGACGGGACCGCAGAACCAGAAUAUUCUCUACAACAGAUGAUGAGGGCGACUGGAGCCAAACCUGGGGAGGAGAGGAGCUAAAGAAUCGUCUCGAUUCUCCCUUCUCAAGACAGAAGCGAAAGUCCAAGUUCUUCAAACGCGCCCAGCUCUACCAGCAGUACAACGAAGCUGCGCAGAACCUGGAGAUCCUGACUCAGUCGGGCUCCCACAUCCACCGCCUGCCCGAGUUCGGCUCCCAGCCUCUGGCGCCUCCUCCCGCCAACAGGCCUCUUCCUCCGCUGCCCUCCGUCCUGCACCCGCACUCCUACUCCUUCAGCAGCGUCAAAAGCUUGCCUCUGCCCGAGCCGCCCCGGAGCGAAGGCCGGCCUCCGUCGCCGCGUCUGUCCGUCUCCUUCACGCAGUCGCCCACGCUCUGGCAGGACCUGCCAGGGGUCAGGAACAACAGCGAGCUGGCCGAGCUCACGGAGAACCAGCGGCGGCUGCAGGAGGUGCAGUUUGAAGUGCUGACCUCAGAAGCCUCCUACUGCCGGAGUUUGGACAUUGUUGUUGAACACUUCGUCAAGUCCAAGCAGCUGGGAGCACUAUUAACCAGUCAGGAUAGGAACUGGCUGUUUUCGAGGCUCUCUGAUGUUCGCGCCAUUAGCCACAGUUUCUUGUUAAAGCUAGAGGAGCGGGUGGAGUCAGACCUCAUGCACUUUACUGUGUGUGACAUUAUUGCUCAGCACUGUCCACGCUUCAAAAAGGUUUAUGUGCCCUACCUCACCAACCAGUCCUACCAGGAUGCUACCUACCAGAGACUCAUGAAUGAGAAUCCAGCAUUCAAGAGGAUUGUGGAGAAAUUAGAGAGGAACCCAGUUUGUGAGCGACUUCCGUUUCGGUCCUUCCUCAUCCUUCCCUUCCAGAGGAUCACAAGAAUAAAGCUGCUGGUGCAGAACAUUGUGAAAAAAACAAAUCCAGGUACUGCAGAGGCAACGCAGGCCAUCAGAGCCAUGAAGCUUCUGGAGAAGCUCAUUCAGGAGAGUAACGACAGUAUAUCUCAGAUGAAAAACAUAGAGUCUCUGGUCUCGCUUAACGCCAAGGUGGACUUUGAAUGCAAGACUCUUCCUCUGGUCAGUCAGUCUCGGAGGUUGAUCCGUGAAGGGCCGGUCACUGAGCUGAUGGAUUUCUCGCUAAAGGACACCGAGAGGAACGCUUACUUGCACCUAUUCAAUGAUUUCUUGCUUGUUUCACUACAAAAAGAAGGGGGAAGGUUCACAGUGAUCGACCACUCUCCUGUCAAAGAUCUGCGUGGGGAGAACUGUCGUGUAAAACUUCACACCCUCCAGAAGAACCUGUUCCGGCUGCACAUGGCAAACAGGUCCCUGCUGCUAAGAAGUGAAACACAAAGUGAUAAGUUACGUUGGCUAUCGGCGCUUUCCCGGCCAUAUCCUGAAGUUGAUUUUUCUGCAGUUAAAGAUGUCACACAGAUGCAGUGUAUCCGUGCUUUUGUUGCCCAGCAGCCUGACGAGCUGUCCCUGGAUAAAGCUGACAUCAUUCUAGUGCACCAAACAUGUGACAACUGGGUCGAGGGGACCAGACUGCCUGACUGCCAUCGUGGAUGGGUGCCCGAGUCUAAUUUAGAAAAAAUAACCAACGAUAAAAUCAGAGAACGAAAUCUGUCGGAUGCGAUCAAACUUACAACGGCUACAGCUGCUGUGUGAGGACGUUCAAGGAUCUGUCUGAGAAACAUUGUUUGAACACUUGGGGUUUUACACGUGCAUUCAGUUUCACGUGAAAUGAUCACAGCAGUGCAGCAACUGAAAUGCUGCAAAUGUGUGAUGUAAAAAAAACACAUGCAAUGUCUGCUUCAGUCUGUGGAACAAUGUAAUGCUGUGUGGACCAACGUAUGACCUGCCUUAGUGACGCCAUACACAUUAUGGCAUUAUGGCACAAGCAUUGAUUCUGUAAGAUUCAUUAAGGUUCUAGUAUCUCAAAGAGUUAUUUUCAAAGGAAAAACUUUCUUCCAAGAAAUAUUAUUUUUGCUAAGUGUAUUUUUAUGUGUAUAUUGAGCCUUAUUUCAAACGUGAUUUUAUGAUGCAGGUUUGUUGUAUCCCUGCACACAGAGAGAACAGAAUGCAAAGUGUACAAAGGAAACUCAUUUAUGUACAGAGCUUUGCUGGUUACCCAGUAAGGACAGUUGUAAACAUCUGCAUUGCUGGAAUAUAAACGCAUCUGCACAUUUCA